AUGAAUAAUGAACGGAGGAACAAGGUGUACAAGGGAAGAGGGUUUAUCCUGAAGGCAGCCAGCAAAGAAUACUUGGAAGGCAACAACAAAAAAAAGACAAAGAAUACCCUCAAUGAUAGGAGAAGAAAUAUAUUUAAUAAGUACAACCCAGUGGUAUUACCCCUAUUAGGAAAUUACAAAAGUAGGAAGGAUGAUCAAUCCGGGAAGAAUGACAUUAACCUGCUGAAGGAGAGCGAAAUAAAUAGCUUCCUAUUGAGGAACAAAGCUUUUCGUCUUACAUGGUCAUGUAUUAUUGAUAAGAUUCAAAAAGAAAUAGACAUUCAGAUUUCCAAAAAUUUGAGUAAUGUAUUCGAGGAAAUAUACUCCUACUCAGUUUCUAACCAUGAGUAUUUGCCCCUCAUUUUGAUGACGGCUGGGACGAAUGUAGCGGACCACGAGAUAAUCAUCGAUGCUCUGUCGUACGAGUUGAAAAAAUGGAAUUACAACAAGGCGGGUAGACGUGGGGAAGCAGAUAUUCACAGAGGAAACGUUAAUGGGGAAAGCAUCCAUUCUUCCCUUUCCGCCACUGCAGGCAUUCCUCACACUGGUUUGAAUAUUUUGAAGUCUCUCAAGGGAGUAGACGAAAAAUGGGGCGUAUCGAAUCUGAGUAACGGAGGAGAGAAAGCACCCUAUUUGGAGGAGCAGAAUGAGGCACAAAAGGGAGUGAAUCACUCUUGGGUGAGUACUAACAAGGAGGAGGUAGAAGGAAAAAGUAGAGAAAAGAAAAGGCGUCUAAAUGGAAGUUUCGACGAGUUUACUCAGAACGAAUCCGAGUCGUAUGAUGAAAAUGAUGUGUACUUGUGUUCUCUCAAUUCCAGUACAUCAAAUAAUGUGAAUGCAGCUAUUUACAAUAUAUACAGUCAGCUCUACAGGGAGUACAAGACAAGGGAGUUUUUGGCUAAGUACAAAAGGAAGAGGGGAUCUAAUGGAGGGGAUAAAUACCCUGGUGAUGUUCGUGUGAGUCCAAGAAGGAUGAACAGUAACGAUGCAGAGGUUACUCCUCUAAAUGGGAAGAAAAGGGAUAUAUCAUCCUGUCCAUUUAUUCCCAAUGGAGAGGAACGCUCCAAUUAUUACAAUGUGGGUAAAAGCAUGGUAGGUAAAAGCAUGGUAGAUAAACACAUGGUAGGUAAAAACAUGAUGAGUAAAAAUAUGGUGAGUAAAAACAUGGUGAGCCUAGACAAGCUGAUAGAGUUGUACCGACAGAUGAGCGAAAUUGAUAUAAAAAAAGAAGUUGCAAGUAGUGGUCAGAAUAAUAUUAAUCUGUCGAUGGAGAUGUCUGAUAUAUACAGCCAAAUGAAUGACGAAAAGGAAUAUUUUUUUCAAGCGCAUGCAGAGGUUACAUUAUAUAGUGAACAAAAUGGGUACUUCGAAGAUGGAAGAAAAAAAGUUCGAGUGAUUAUUCUUAUCCAUGACUGCGAGUAUUUUAACAUAAACGUACUGAAUGGUAUAUUGAAUGUUUUAAUAAAUUUACGUAUAGAAAAUAAGUUGUGCCUUAGUGUUAUUCUGGGGGUGUCGACACCUUCCUUCUUCUUUAGCAGAAUCACAACUCCAGAUACACAGAGUAAGCUGCGCAUUAAGACCAUCGACAUUUUGAAUAAUAAAGUAAUUUGCGAGAGGGUGUGUGAUGAUCUCCUUUUCGGAGAUACCUUGCCAUUUAUCAUCAACUUUCGUACCAUGCAUGCGGUGAAGCUUCUUUUGCAUAAGAACAAUCAGUCGAUUAGCCACUUGGUUCACAUUCUAUACAUCUUGACGAAGGAGUUUUACGAUAACAAUUUGUUUUCCUUCUUGUCCCUCCCGAUGGAGUACUACUUGGGUUACCCCUUGGUGGACGCCUCGGAGGGUGAACCCGUGACCGAGUACUCUCCGUACACCUUUGUCAGAUCUAAUCAGAAAUCAUUUACCGAUUAUUCUAAAUUUGACAUGAGGGCCCUCCACAGGAAGAUUAUCUGCCUCUGCUACUCGGCUAACAUUUACUAUGCCCAUUUGUCCUUCCUGAAGCGCAAGUACUCUUCCAUCCUGGUGAAGAAUUAUUUCACCCUGCAUGGGAAGGAUUCCAUAGUACACACUCCUACCAAUUCUGACACCGAGUUGGAUAGCUUCACUUUGAAGAGGAAGGCUAAUCGGAGUAGUGUUUCUCAGGGAAAUCAGAAGAGGAAGAGUGUGAAGGGUGACAUUUAUGUGGGAUGCACACAACCGGGGGGUGAAGGUGCUGUCGCUAGGGAGGCUACAGUCUCCGUGUCAGAUGGGGAUCGCUCGAGUGGGCAUCAACACGAAAGUGAAAAGAAAAUAAAGUGGGAAAAUGACAACAGUUUGGAGGAAUCAGAAUUUUCUUGGGCGGAUGAAAGCGAUCCUAAUGCUGCUCCGAUGGGGAAAAGGAAGAAAAAAAUCUUAGACAGAAGCUUGCUCGCGUGGCAGUUCAAGGCGAGCACAAUAAACUGGUGGUUCGACCACCCUUUCAAGGAUUUGGUCUACUCAUACGAAAAUGAUAAUUUGAAGAGCAGUUUGAAGGGCAGUUUGAAGAGCGAAAUAGACGCUCUGCUAGACAGUACAGAGGAGAAGAGUGUGGGCAAUCUUCACGACAUGGAGAGUGUGCUGGAGAUUAACAAGUACCUGUGCGAGAUGGCCUUGCCUAGAGCGAUCCUUCAGAUGAUAGAGAGGAAAUACGCCUUCAACAUAGCCAUCAACCUCAUCAACACCAUUAUUAAGUGUAAAAAUGAAUACAGUAAUUCCAUAAAACGAGUAGAUUAUUUCAGAAGACUUUUUUUGAAUUUUGAAAAAGCAAAGUGGACAGAUAAUAAGAGCAUCCUCUACAUAGAGGAAAUAUAUAAAGUAGUGGAAAAUGACGUAAAGAAAUGUAUAAGCUUUUUAAUCGAUAUAGUCACUCCAUACUGUUUUAAGAAUCAGGAGGUGUUGUUAUCCAUGCUUAAGGAGUUUAAGAAUUACUACACUAGUGUAUAUGCCCUUGUAUACAAUUUGGAGGAUUACUUAUUUUUGCUUAAGGAGAAAGAGAAUGAAAAGGAGAAACACCUCUUUACGAAUGAUGAUUUCGCGAGGUGUUGGUCCAGUCGGUAUUCCUUUUCCUUUUCUGUGUACUACUCCUUGUUAUUUAAGCUAGACGAUUUGAUAGAAAUGGUGCGAACUCUCUUGAGUCAACAGGGGGUCAAGAGUCGAAGCGGAAACACAGCUAGUUCGGCUGCCGGUGAUGAAGUUCACCGGGAGGAGUACUCCCCCCUGAUGGGACACGGGCAGAAAAUCCUUCCUGAGAAGAAAAAGGCGUACAAGAGAUAUCUGACCAUUCAGAACAGUAGUUUGAAGAGAGGAUUGAAAGAUGAAACAGAGAGGAAAGUGAAUGUAGAAGAUAUUUCAAACUCGAUAAAUUUGUUUUUACACGAAUAUGUCAAUAUGCUUCUCCUACCUCCAUUGUUUUGUCACCCUUUGGCAUACGAAAUGGUUAUGCACAAGCCGGAUAAGGAGUUUACAGAUCUUAUGACUAGGGAUAUAAAGACGGAGCUUCUGCAAACCCUAUGUUACACGAAUCCCUACAAGACGGGGAGCCUCAUCUGUUCGUGUUGCUCCUUCCCGGAGAAUACCACUAACCCUGACAUGAGCACUAACAUAGUUGACGACGGCAAGGUCUACCUAAACCCCUACUACGACAACAUUUCUUCCCUGGAAGACUUGAUUAACGUGUACAGGAUUUAUGAGCGCUGCAACAAGACGGUUGACCUGUACAACCUGUUCAUCCUCUUCGUGAACGUCAAGGUGGAUGGCACCGCGGAGGGGGUAACACCAUCAUCCGCAACAACAUCAUCGGCUAUACCAUCAUCAGGAACAUCGGCGUCGACCCCACCUCUCUGCACGCAUAUACUGCAGGAAUACUACCUUAAGUUCAUCAUCGCCGUAAACACCUUCUGCUCUUUUCUUAAAAUUCUGAAACCCCCCAAUGUGUCUGCCUUGCUGAACUACACAGAAAAGUGCGAAAACGUUUCGGAUGAUGAGGCGGAAGAGGACGGGAAGGGAGGGAAGCACGGCGGAGAGCAAUCCAUUGGCAAGUAUAUCUCCGACAUUAGGAAGUCCCUACAGGGGUGCACAAGCAAGAAAUUGCUAUUUGGAAAGUUGUACUACAACCAGACAAUUGUGUCGCGCGAAAUGCACUUGCAGAGGUUGCUGAUGCAGUACAAUUCGGACUUCCGCAGGGAGGUGCAGUGCGGGAACGAGCCUUCCGGCAAGCGCGCGAGAAUUUAA